AUGCGAAGCCUGCUAGCGAACGAUGGGAAGCUGCUGAAACAGGAAACCGUGGACCACAUGUUUGAGCCGCAGUUGGAUGAUGAUAGCCGCAAGGCCUUGAUGGAAAAGCUGCAAGUCCCAGCGGUCAAUAGAGUAUACGGAGCUCUCCCAUCGACAGCGCAGAAGAAUCGGGCCUUUGCGGGGUUGAUGAACUGCGAAGAUAUCAAGGACCGAAGACAGGCAGGUGCAAUUACCUGCAUAGGGAUGCUGAACGUGAACUGGAUCCAUCAUCUCGACAAGAAGCUGCUAGUCUUCGUUAAGCUUAUGGCGACUGAUGUUGUCCGCAGUGGAUUGACCGGGCAGCUGGUCUGUGUGGCUUAUGUGCUCCCCAAUGCCUUCCACCCGGAGAUGCCCAAUGCAUCGGGUUCAGUCAGGCGUUUGAGAGAGAAAUGUACCGCCGAUACAGCCUAG